UGGAGAUGGAAGGACGCUGCACACUCAGAACGCAUGUUUUGUUGAUGUUGCCGCGCGUUUGCCGCCGGCCGGUUGGCGACUCUGGUGGUUCAGGUGCAGGGUGGCAAGUAAAAUGUCAGAUGAUGGAGCUGAGGAACAUGAGGAAGAGGGAGAAGUGGAAGAGGCAGAUUUCAACACUGGGGGUUCAGAGAGUACCUAUGGAACUGAAAGUGUGGAGGCACUGGGUGGUGGUCACCCCACUCCUGAAGAUCAAAGCAGGAUGCUUUCGUACUCAGUGAAAAGUGAAGAUGUUGAUGCUCCACACAAUGUUACAUGUACAUUCUCAAUCCUGCUGGCUGUCCCACUUGUGCUUCCAGCACAAAGAACAUGGAUGUCUGCUAAGAAAGAUAUUCGCAGAACAUCAUCUAAAACAAGAGAAGGAUACAUUCCAAAAAUGCAGCGUUUUUAUCAUAUGGAGUAUUUUCUUCUACCAGAUGAUAUCGAGCCUCGAAAAUUAGAUUUGGUGUUGUAUGGUCCGGUGGCUAAGCUAUAUUUGGAAACUGAAUCCAAGGAGUCAGGGACUCCAAAGGACAAUAAUCGGUCCAAGUCAAGAAAGUCAACCACAUUGCAUGCCUCAGUUGUGAAACCAUGGCUUGAAAAUGAUCAAAUAUGGGUGGCAUGGAAUCAUAGUAUUGAAAUCAAUGUUACCAAAGAAUUUCUAUCAAAGCUAAGAGAUCACAACAUAAAGUUGAGAUUAUGGGAUACCAAAGAAAAGGUUUGUGCGAAAGCCAGAUUUAAUAAAACAAAGGGUUUACCACUUAUGGAUCAAGCAGAGAUUGGAGGCUCAGUAAAGUGUAUGGUUAUGCAUAUAAGAGACUACUUGGAAAGCAGUCAGCCUAAACCCAGUUACACAAAAAUUAGUGCAGCAGAAGAAUCUGGUAUACAAAAGAAAUCAGCAGUCACCACUACAGCAGGUCCUGUUUCCACAACAAGCAAGGGCCUGGAAGCAUACCCUAUUGUUGCUGAUGUACUACCAUCUUUUCCUAGAACUACUUCUGCACAGCCUCCUUCGAGGUCUGAGGACUUUAAUUCACUAAGUGCAAUCAGUCUUUCUGGAAGCAUAACCUCUUCUCUUAAAGAAAAAACUAUCCAGGAGGCCAAAACAAUAAAGCAAAAAUACCAUUCAAUGAAAUCUAGUGGUAAGCAGUCAAAUAUGCCAAAUCUUGGCUUGGGACCAGAACAGUCAAACAAGAUGCAUUCAUUAGGUGGAGUUUUCCUCCAGUUAUCAGAAAAGAAGAGAGAUCAACGAAAAAGCAUAGUUUCUUCUCUAGAAAAAAGGCAGGGCACCCAUAAAUCAUCCAGAGAUGCUACUUUGUCAGCACAGGCUCGGAAGUUUGGAAUAGCUGUUUUACAACUGGGCCUCAUGCCCCUCCUAGCAGGAGAACGUUAUCUGGCGAGUCAGCUGGCAGAGAAAUCUCCUAAACUUUUGGAUGCAUACCUAGGUUUUUCUGUUGAAUCUCCUCUCAUGACUGAGAAACAAAAACGUGAAUUAAAUCCACUGAUUAUUAGGAUUCAUUCUGCAAGAUGCUUACCAACCACCCCUGUUCCAAUUAAAGUGCUACAGAAUUCAUGUGCUCCUGUUUAUUGCAAAUACAAAUUCCACAAUUUUCCUCCUCAUCAAACAUGUGGUCGAGAUCAUGGGACUGAAGUCUUCUUCAAGGAUCUCAAUGUGAUUCUUUUAGGGUCUAUCAAUUCUGAGGAACUGCAUGAAUAUCUAAGAGGGCCACCCUUGGAAAUUGAAGUUCAUGACAGAGACAAGAAAAUUGAAGCUAUCAAAACAAAGCCUUCAUUAUUUGGUGAGGAGCCAGGAGACAGCAAGCUAAGUAACUUGAGCAUUGUCACUUCCAGGUACAUGGUCCAGAAUCCCAUUACAGGCACCGAAGAAAUAUGGCACCCACAUGGGAUAGCUAAAAUCAACUUGACUGAAUUAUUGCUAGGUGAAAAGAACUUUAAUUUCUAUACCCCAAUUCAUAACUGCCCAGUUCAAGAUGCAAGCAUCUACCAAGGAGAAAAUACCGCUCAGAAGACUGGGGGAGCUGACAGCAAUGAGCUACUUCGGUUUCCAGUGGGGGAUUACAUAAACUCAGAGUCGUAUCUUAAAGUGAGAAUUGAAUUAUCUGCUCCGUUAAGUCCUAAAGAUGACAUAUCUGAUGCUGAAGAUGUAUAUUGCCCCUAUGGCUGCAUGAUCUAUGUUUUUGACUAUAAAAAUACAUCACUCUUAAGUUAUUUGCUGCAAGAAAUUACAGAAAUUAAUGCAGAGGCCCUCCAAUUAGAGGGUUAUCCCCUGCAUAUAAUUCAAAAAUCUCUUAAUACAUUGAAACUGAAUCACAAGCUCACUUUAGAGGAGAUUUCACAAAUGGACAUUAUUACUGGAUUUCACAUUGUGGAUGGAUCCAUUCAUCUCCUUGUUGUGGAAGGCCUUAAGGAGAAAGCACUUAAAAGACUGUGGAAUAGAAGAAUAAAUCGGAUAAAGGAAGCUAAAAUGGGAAGACUGCAAAUAUUAUAUAACUCGCAUAUAUCUUUCCAUCAGCGUCUGUAUGUAGACCUUGAGGCCAUGCUGUUUCAUAUCCAUCUCUGCAAGCCACUUUCUAGUAUCAUGAAGCAGUCUUUGCUGUACAUCAGAGAAAUGGUUCCUCAGGCAUGUUUCCAGGCUCUGACCAGGCUGGAUUAUAUUUGCCGCAGUACAAAGUUAAGAGAUGUAGUCCAUUAUGAUCUGCUGCCCUCUGCAGAAAUGAUCAUGAUGUUGAGCCAAGAGUUUGGGCUUCCCUUGACUAUGGAUGAGCUGCUCCUUCAGCAGUGCCCAGAGAUCUCACACAUAUACAAGGUUCCACCCAAGUAUAUUCACAUGAAACAAGAUAAGCACUUCCGUUUGGAUAACCACAAUGAAGAGUAUGUCCUCAGAAAAAGGGAAAUGGAAAGUCAACUACCAGAAGACUAUAUACAGGCUAAUAUUGUGAAUGUGGACCUGCUCAGCAAGAUGAUUAGAAGAAAGGCUGCUAAAACCAUCAGGGCUUUCCCUUCCGAUUUCAAAUCUGUCUUCAACUAUAGUUCUCAGAGCUUGAAUUCUGCAGAAAUUGCAAAGAAGCUGCUUCGUGAGAAGAUGGCACAGGAGCCAGAAAAGAGGUUUGCUCAUAAUCACCAAUAUCUAUCAGGCAUGUUUGACCCAGUGGAUGAAGAUAUUGCCCUGAAGAAAUCCAUUGAGCAAUCCAAGGAAAUGUGGCUGUCAUCAAAAGGAUUUGUAUUUCCUGGAUUCAAGAGCAGUGUAGAAUGUAACAUGCAUCCUCGUAUGCCUGAUGAGGCACGGCAGUUGGAGCUAACUGAGAAAUGGCAAGAGAACCUUCUUAAUACUAGCCAGCUAAAGCCAGUGCUGGACCGGGACAGGUGGAGCUGGGAUAAGCGGAAUGUUGAUUUUGAGCUAUAUAAAAAACUACCAGAGCCCAUAGUGGUCCUUGAUACAUCCAGAGAAGAGCCUGAAAAGGAUGUGCGUUGCAAUACGGCACUGAAAGUUCAUAGGUGCUGCCUAGAAACUGAGCUCAUCGCCAGUGGUCCUAAAGCUAGUUGCCAGCUAGCACGCCUCCAGGGCCUUCUGAAGGAUAAACCAGCCAAAUUGUCCCUAAAGCUACAGCCUAGCCCAGAUGUAGGGUUUCUAGAUGAAGUGGGAGGAGAAAACAUCUGCAGAGGAUUUGUUCCAGGCAUAGAAGCCGACCACAGCUUGAAGUGGAAUGGAAAUAUUAUUCCCUGUCACAACCGGGAACACAAUGUAUUUAAAACUCUAAAAGGCGCAGACUUCAGAUUAUUUACAAGAAGUAAUUCAUUUCACUACAAGAGGUGGCCUUCACGAAAAUGGCCCUUGAAUCAAACAGCAGAAUAAACAGUUACUGUUGCCCCAGAGCUGAGUGAUUCUAACAGACCUUUCACAAGAGUCCUUAACACUUGCGGCUACAAUUAGUUUUAUAUUAUAGCCAAUACUGAGCAAAUUUAAGCACAUUUGGGGGAUUGUACAAUAAUCUGUUAUACAUAGUUCAAUAUUGACACACAGUUGUUCUAGGUGCUCUUGGGAGAUAAUCAUCAUUACCCUGGGAACUCAAGUUAAAAGGCCAUCUAGCCCACAGACUCUGCACUAUCUAGUACUCAGACAAACCACCUUUGAUGGAGGUUUAAUUUAGCUAUCAUGUUUAAUAAGAGAUACCAAUUUGUCAAGGAUGUGCAUAAAGUCUAUGCUAUUACCCCAUAUUAUGCCACUAUAACUUCAAAAUAAGGAAAGAAUCUGGCUUUCUGGAAGAUCCUUUUGCUAUAAAACAUGCUGCUUUUCUUGCAAAGCCAAAUAUGUCUCAAACUGUUGCCAAGUUUAAAAAUACCCAUAAGUUAUUCUACAUUUUCCCAUCUGUCUGCUUAAUACAUUAUUCAUGUUGCAUCACCACUUUAGGUAGUUCUAUACACAGAUGCACUCACCUCAUGAUCAUGAUUGCGCAAACCAAUACUGAUAGAUCGGCUAGCUCUGGAAAUCACGGCUGUCAUUGCAUACAGAUUAAUGAGGAUGUCUGCCACUCUCUUAAGAACCAGCUGCUCAUCCACAAUAGUCUAACAACACAAAAACAAAACACAGCCCCCAAUAACUUGCCAGUUUACUAGUCAUCAUCCGGAACUGGCUAAUGAACAAGAGUGCAUGUUUUAGAAGAUCAAAGCAGCAAUGCCUGUUUGCCAGUAUCCAUAUCCAUGUAGGUGGGAAUUAAAGAGUUUGUGUCCUUUUAGAUUCUGUACAUCCAUUCAAGCUAUUUAAUAAAGUCUUCAAUUACUCCCCCA